UGUUGCCUCUUCCUUGGACGGGGCUCGACUCUUGGGAGCCAUCCUGGUGCUUGCGUCAUAGCUGCCCUUAUGACAUCACAGGUCUGCCCCUGACUCUUUUCUCCCAUGCCAUGACUAGAGGAACACAGACCUGAGGGGAUUUGAACCAUCUACACCCAAUCCAUGUGGAACCAAUGGAGACAGACCAGCUUAAGACAGUUGAUGAAAACGCUGAAAAUAAGCCUCAGGAGAAUAAGGGGCUUAUGGAGAAAAGUUUACCCUCAGAACCAUCGCCGACAUUAAAGAAGGCAGAGGCUAAACAAGAGGAUGAAGCAGCAACAAAGGGAGUGGAUGAUGCUGAUAAGAGAUCAGGAGGAGUCACAAAACCCCAAAAGAAGCCUCCCGUGAGUGAUCCAGAAGCAGUAAAGAUCCAGGCCUGGUGGCGGGGCACCCUGGUGCGCAGGACGCUGCUGCACGCGGCGCUCAGAGUGUGGAUCAUUCAGGCCUGGUGGAGGGUCAAGCUGACGCAGCUGCAAGAGAGCAGGCGGCGGGCCGCUCUGGAGACCUUUACACGGAAGGAGUGGGCCGCAGUCAGGCUGCAGGCCUGGGUCCGCAUGUGGCGCAUCCGUCGGCGCUACUGCCGUCUGCUCAGUGCCGCCCGCAUCAUCCAGGCCUACUGGAGGUGCCGCCCCUGCACUUCCCGGGGUUUCAUCAAGGGCUACUACAGGGUCACAGCCAACCAGCUACAUCUUGAACUUGAGAUCUUGCUGGGCUCAGGGCCUUGCAUUGUGACGGAGUGUAUUCCCCUUCCAAUAAAGCAGUGAAGUGGUCU